CUUCGUAGUACCUUGAGGAGACUUUCGACCUAAUCCGCACGAGCAUCGUCAGAGCACAUCACUGUUCGCGCUGUUCCGACAUGGAAGCCGUGCAAAUUAAAGUCGCUUUACAUAUCCUUGGACACGCUGGUAUACAAGCCUGCAUCGUUGGUGAGAUAGCAUUGAACUACUACAACGUUCCGCGAGUACUCCAUGAUGUCGAAUUAUGUGUUCCUGAGCAUAAAGUAUCAGACGCCUUAACGACCCUCGAAAUCUCUGGACUGUUUCAUGCGGAAGCAAUUCAAGAGUUUGAUAUCUACAAUGAGUACAAGCGUGGCUCACCAAGGCUUCGCACUUCUAGCUGGAUCGCCCCAACUUGCACAUUUGUGAUACUCAGCGACACGAGUCAUCAUCUCGCUCCGUUGGAAAAGCACAUCAUCUCUCAGGAAUCAAAAUUGUCCAAUCCGACAUACAGCUCGCAAUUGCUCGACAUGAUCUCCACAGACGAUAUCAAUUCGCUUCCAUUGCCCAAGCUUUCGUCUCUAUUCAGUGGACUCUGUCAAAGAUAUGUUCAGACGAAAGAUGAUGUUGCUAUGAUAGCCGCUGAGCAGCUGGUGGACGGAACUGACAUGAACGAGAUGUGGUGCCUACGGCACCUCAACGGUGCGAGCCUUGAGGUUCGGGCGUUAGCAUCUAGGUUAAUCGAUGAAAAACCGUGCCGCUUGGAUGCGUUCUCUGGCUAUAGUGUUACUUGCUUUAUUGCAGAUUCCGCAGCAUCUGACAGGAUUAAACGUCUUCCUGGAUAUGAAUAGCAAUCAGCGCGAACCACGUUCUUUCAUUGGUACACAGGUGUUUAUGAGUUAAGUCCAUGUCGAACGGUGUGUAGGUCUUAGAUGCAAUAGUAGUGAACUUGUCAGCCCGAGCGACUAACGCCGCACAUGCAUUGGCUGCCCCGAUGAACGUCUAAUUGCUGAAAAUUAUAUGGACUUCGGUCCAGUUACACUUUUUAGUUGGACCGGAACGCGCGCGUAACAAAUUGAUCUGAUUUGCCGCAAUACCCUGAUGAAGGCAUGCAAAAAUAGUCCUUUUCUACUGCCGCCAAUGGUUCACAAUACAACGCUCAGCGCGGCGUCUACCUCACGUUUCACACAAUCCGCGCCAUCCAUAGAAAGAUCACUUUCAUGGUAAGCACGCCAGGAGCCUUGGAAUCUAGCCGACUAUUAAGUAGCUCAUCUCACCCGACUGAGAGACUAGACUC